UCCACGGGCCUUCUCCAGACAAUUCCUUCCAGACCCAGGGACCCGUGCCCGAGGACCACAGGCUGAUGGGGGCCCAGCUCUGCUCCCAGGCUGACGCCAAGGCGCCGCGAGAGACACUCCGCUUCCACGCUGAGGCCAAGGGCGCGCAGGUGCGUCUGGACGCCCAGCAGUGCACUGCACACAGGCGCGCCACGUUCCACGACGGCAUCGUGUUCAGCCAGCGGCCGGUGGCGCCGGGCGAGCGGGUGGCGCUGCGCGUGCUGUGGCACGAGAGCGGCUGGUGCGGCGGGCUCCGCGUGGGCUUCACGCGCCUGGACCCCGCGCGGCUGUCAGCGCCCAGCCUGCCGCCCUUCGUGUGCCCAGACCUGGAGCAGCAGAGCCCGACGUGGGCGGCCGUGCUGCCCGAGGAGGGCGCGCUGCCCGGGGACGUGGUCCGCUUCUGGGUGAACCGCGGCGGCCGGCUCUACGCCAGGGUCAACGCGGGCCCCCGGCUCCUGCUGCGCAAGGGCGUGCUCCUGGGCGCCCCCCUCUGGGCCGUGAUGGACUUGUACGGGACCACCAAGGCCAUCGAGCUGCUGGAUCCCACGGCCAGCAUCUUCCCCUCAACCAUGCCAUGGGCCUUCAGUGAUGUGACUCUGCAGACUGAAGCUGCAACAGGAGAGGAGUGUGCCAUCUGUUUCCACCGUGCUGCCAACACCUGCCUUGUCCCCUGCGGCCACACACACUUCUGCAGCUACUGCGCCAGGCGGGUCUUCAGGGACUUGGCCAAGUGUCCUGUAUGUCGCUGUAAGAUUGAGGCUGUGACCCCCGCAUGGGGCCCCCCUACUCUGAGGACUGGAGAGGGCCUCCGGGUGCGGGUGGCAGACUGA